AUGGCGCGCGUGCUGUCGCGCGCCGUGCCUGUGACCCGACCAAUGGCAAUGGUCAGUCGGUUGCAGGCGCGAUGCUUUGCCCAUCCUGUCAACUACCACCUGAUGCGAGACAGCGAUGAUAUGGCUCCUGCAUCCGAGAUGCCCAUGUACAAGAAUGAGUUCAUCCUCAAGACUCCCAAAGAGCAUGCAGAGGACAUGGCAAAGGCUGUGAAGCCGCCGGUUGUCCACGACACGGCAGAUCUGGUUCCCACAUCAGGUGAUCCUCAUCAGUUUUAUGGCCAGGGCGAGUACACUUACUGGCACUACGACACUGUCCGCGAGCCAACGUUCCCUCGGAAGCCUGACAUCGCCAAGGGAGAGCUUGCAGCCGGUGCCACUGUCACUCGCACAGACGUCUGGCACGAUCCGAAGGAGCCUGCCAUCAUCUCUGUUGCCAAGUUCUCACCUGAGAAUUAUCGGCCUGUGGGCUUUGCAGAGAACGCGCCUAUGCCCACCAGCACUGUCCCAGAGGGGGCCCUGGACUUCCGGGCCAACCGUCUCCCGAUCGGGCAUGCCGAUCGCCGACCCUUCAUCUACUUCAUGACGGCGGGUGGUGCCGUGAUUGCCGCCUCCAUGAUCCGCGCCAUGGCUGGAAAGCUGAUCUUGACACUCUGGCCCGCCAAGGACGUGUUCGCAGCUGGCAUUGUGGAGGUCGAUCUGCGCCCUAUCCGGGUUGGACAGAAUUUCACCGUCAAGUGGCGCGAGAAGCCGGUCUUCAUCCGCAAGCGCACUGCAGAGCAGAUCUCGUCUGCCAAGAAGGACGACGUUGUUGCGCCUUCAAUGCGCGAGCCAGCGACGGAUGCCGAGCGAUGCAAGAGGCCGGAGUGGUUGAUUUGCAUUGGUGUGUGCACACACUUGGGGUGCAUCCCCCAGCCCGAUGCUGGCAAUUACGGUGGCUACUUCUGUCCCUGCCACGGCUCCCACUACGACUACGCCGGUCGAAUUCGUCAGGGCCCCGCGCCAAAGAACCUGGAAGUGCCACCGUGCGGGGCUUGGGCUGUCUUUCUGGGGUUGUGCUACGGGGUUUCUGCCGAGCGCAGCGCAACCCUGAAUUAA